AAAUAAUUAAAGCUGUUGGUCCUUUUUUUUCCAGGCAACAAGCUACUCCCUCAUGCCCUUUGCAGGCUUUGGGAUAGGGGAUGCAGAUUUUGGGGAUCCAUUUUCUGCCAUGGACAGGAUGAUGUCAAACAUGAGGAACAGUAUGCUGGAAAUGCACAGGAAAUUUGAUGACCUGUCCAUGAACCCCGAUGGACACACGUUCAGCUCCUCCUCCAUGAUGACUUACUCCAAAGUGGGGGAUGAACCUCCAAAGGUUUUCCAGGCCUCAGCCCAGACUCGCACGGCCCCGGGAGGGGUUAAGGAGACAAGAAAAGCACUUAAGGAUUCUGAAAGCGGCCUGGAACAAAUGGCCAUUGGCCAUCACAUCCAGGAUCGGGCUCAUGUCAUCAAAAAAUCCAAGAACUGCAAGACUGGGGAUGAGGAGAUGAACCAAGAAUUCAUCAACCUGGAUGAAAAUGAGGCCCAGAGCUUUGAUGAGGAGUGGCAGAAGGAGGUCAUGAAGUUCAGACCAUCCAGAACUAGAAGCUCUUUAGAAAAUCCAAAAUCCAGAAGUAUCAAUUAUAAGGAGAAUGGAUCAAAAAGAGAGAAGCUACUUGGAACUGGAGGUUCCAGAGUGCCCAAAGAUUCCUUGGAGUCUCUCAGUGUGAAAGGAACACACGUCCCCCUCAACAAAAGCAACAGGAAAUAAGUGGCCCCAUUCCCCCGGGAUGGAGUUUCUCCCAGCAGAUAAUGGUGCUCAUGUCCAUACAAAUACACGGGAUAUGUGACCAA